UUUGUAUCGGAGGAAUCAACAGCCGCCAUCUUGACGCGGCUCAGAAUCGGGAUUUCGGGGGGAGCAUUAAUUUUAAAAACCGAUCGGAGCUACUCAGACGGGGCUCAAACGGCUUUUUUCGUGAAGAAAAUCGAAGUGUUAGUCCUUCCGAUGAGAAUUAAUGCAAACAUGUGAGGAUUACAUGGGUUUUUAUCGUCUCGAAAGCCCACUGUAUAUUUGAUUUCCCUUUUAGAGAGCGCCGCUUCUCGCCGUAUCUCCGUCCCGAGACGCUGUAUUUACCGGGAGACAGCGACGACAAAAAUAAUCCACUUCAUAGAAAAUAUUUUUUGAAUUUUGCUCUUUUUAUUUAAGCCCGAGAGAGAUUUUAUGUCUGCUCGUUUCGACUGCGAAAAAGAUGAUUCUGUACAGACGUGAAACCGGCGAUCUGCGAAGAAAGGGAUUUGCUUACGCCUUGUGUAAUAUUUUAUGAUUGAUUUUUAUUUAUUUUUCUCGAACUGAAAUAAUUUUUGGACGUAAUUAUUGAGGAUAAUUAUGUGGGUGUUGGGUGUUGGAUUAUCAUGGGGUGAUCUUCGGCGGCGAAGCGUGGCGCUGUUGCCUUUCUUUUGAAACCUUUUUCUCCAGGCAGCAUUUUGCCAGUCUGCCAGUCAAGAAGAAGAAGAAGAAGAAGGGGAAAAAAAACGUUAAAUUGCUCUUUUACACACAACGUUAGGAAAAGUUACCAGUUAUUACUAGCCGAAGGCCGACGAGUUGGACUGAACCUGCUUUUAUUUUCCUGCAUCAUCAUCAUCAUCCAUUCACAAAAUCUGCCGACCAGGAUGGCUGACAAUCUUCUGGAUGUCGGACCCCCCACUGCAAAGCGACCCAAGCUUAAUUCACCUCUCUCAGUAUCAGAUGGCCCAGAUCUUGUGUCUCUGUUUGACCUGGAAAAUGACCUUCCAGAUGAGCUCAUCCCCAAUGGAAUGGAAAUGUCCUCUAAUGGUGGUCCAGGUGGAGGGGGUCCUGGUCUCAACUCCAUCGUCCCCGAUGCAGCUGCCAAACACAAGCAGCUAUCUGAACUCCUGCGACCAGGAACCACCUCUAUCUUGGGAGGUGGUCUCAACUCUGCCAGCCCCCAACAGGGAGGCAUGGUGGGAAGCCAGCUAGGUGCCGUGCUUGGUAAAAGUCCACUUGGGCAGGGAUCUCCCAAUCACCAGUCUCCCCAGGCCCAGAAAGGAGUUCCAGCAGCUGGCCAAGGCAAUGGAAGCUCAGGCAUGGUCUUUAACCAGGCCAUGUUAAACAGUGGGCAGGGUCAUGGGGUCAUGGGCCAGACAGGACAAGUGAUGAAUGGGGCUCUGGGACAAGCAGGUCGGGGUAGACCUGGCAUGCAGUACCAGGGUCAAGGCAUGCAGGGGGCACAAGUGGGUGCUGGACCUGUUGGAGGCAGUGUGCUGGCAGAGACACUCACCCAAGGAGGACCACAGUUGGGUGCACACAACACGUUGAAUGCUCAACAAGCUGGAAACAUGAAUAAGAUGGGGAUGUCAGGAGCUCCAUUUGGCCAGCAGUAUGGUCAGGCUGGGGUGCAGCAGAUGGGGGCAGUGGGGGUCAACGCCCAACAACUCCAGAACAAGACAGCCCUUUCCAACAACCUGCCCCAAUUCCCUGCUGAGCUGAAGGGAGCUGGAAGUGUGCCAAACAUGAUGCAGCAGCAGGUAGCGUCGGUGGGCAUGGUCCCUGGGGCUGGUGGUGUGUCAGCGGGCCCAACGGCCGACCCAGAGAAGCGCAAACUCAUUCAGCAGCAGCUGGUCCUGUUGCUCCACGCACAUAAGUGCCAGCGGCGGGAGCAGGCCAAUGGGGAGGUGAGGGCCUGCACUCUGCCCCAUUGCCGCACCAUGAAGAACGUUCUCAACCACAUGACCCACUGCCAGGCUGGCAAGUCCUGCCAGGUGGCUCACUGUGCAUCAUCCAGACAGAUCAUCUCCCACUGGAAGAACUGUACGCGGCACGACUGUCCGGUCUGCCUGCCUUUGAAGAAUGCUAGUGACAAGAGGAACCAGCAACCCAUGCUAAGUUCUCCUGGGGCUAGCCUGCAGAACGCCAUCAGUACAGUGGGGCCUGGCCAGCCCAGUGCCACAGCCAUCAACAGUGCUGCAACACACAUCGACCCCAGCUCCAUGCAGAGAGCCUAUGCUGCCCUUGGCCUGCCCUAUGGCAACCAGCCCCCUGCCCAGGUCCAGGGUCCCACCCAGCAAAACCCCCAAGGCCCCCAGCACCAGCAGCUGCGAAAUCUGAACCCACUAGGCACUAAUCAGAACCAGUUGGCAGGAGGCAUGGGUGUCCCCUCUUCAGACCAGGCUGGCAUGCACUCCGACUCCUCUCUACCAUCCACACUCAACAAUCAACUGAUGCCAGAUGGGUCAGUAGUGGGAGGCAUGGGAAACCUGCCCACUGCCACCCCUCUCUCUUCUUCGGGGGUAAGGAAGGCCUGGCAUGAACACGUCACUCAGGACCUGCGCACCCACCUGGUGCAUAAACUUGUACAAGCCAUAUUCCCCACCCCAGACCCUGCAGCACUGAAGGACCGGCGAAUGGAGAACUUGGUGGCGUAUGCACGCAAGGUUGAGGGAGACAUGUACGAGUCAGCUAACAGCAGGGAUGAGUAUUACCACUUUCUGGCAGAGAAAAUCUAUAAAAUCCAGAAGGAACUGGAGGAGAAGAGGCGCUCACGGCUCCAGAAACAGCCUGGCAUGGUGGGCACAGCUGGGCCUCAGCAAAGUGGAAUGGCUCAGCCCAACGCCAUGGGCCCAGGACAGGCCGUCCGAUCUCCCAAUGGACCUGUGCCUAUGCCCAACAUGCCAAAUCAGAUUAUGAACCGUAUGCAGGUGCCCCAAGGAAUCAAUCAGUUUAACCCUAUGGCGAUGCAGAAUGCCCAGAUGUCUCAGGCACCCAUGGGAGCACGUGCUCCCUCCCCCAUGAACCAUCCACCGCAGAUGAACAUGAGCUCCGUCCCAGCGAUGGGUAUGUCCCCGUCAAGGAUGCCUCAGACUCAAGGAAUGAUGGGUAGUCAUGCUAAUAACAUGGUAGCUCAGCCAGCCAAUCAGGGCCAGUUCCUGCCACAGAGCCAGUUCACUGCAGGUGGAGCAAUGAAUUUGAAUGUAGGCUUGGGCCAGCCCAUAUCACAGGCUGCUGUCACACAGCAAACACAGAACUCUAACCUCCCUCUGAAUGCACUGGGAUCCCUUGGCGCCCAGAUGCCCUGUGGCCCUGCAGUCCAGCCCACCCUGGGUGCCACCCCUCCACCUAAUGCCUCUGUCAGCCUGCAGCCUCAGCAGCAGCAGCAGCACCAUGCUUCUGCACAGGCCCAGGUGCCACCGCGGCCCUCUACUCCCGCCUCCACGGGUGGGCCCUCCUCCACCCCAACUCACAUACCCAGUAGCCUCCCUGGCCCCCCCUCAGCCAUGGGCAAACCCCACCCCCCCCAGGAUGAUGAAACCAAACCCCCGCUGGUGAAGAAGGAGGAACCAGAUGCAGCAGAGCCAAAGCAGGAACCAAUGGAAACUGAGGAAAAGAAGCCGGAGAUGAAGGCAGAACCCAAAGAAGAGGAGGAAAGUGGGGCCAACGGCACAUCAACCACCUCCACCACUCAGAACCGCAAAAAAAUUUUCAAGCCAGAGGAGCUGAGACAAGCCCUGAUGCCGACACUUGAGGCCCUCUACAGGCAAGACCCAGAGUCACUGCCCUUCAGACAACCUGUAGACCCCAUGCUACUAGGCAUCCCUGACUACUUUGACAUUGUGAAGAAUCCUAUUGACUUAUCCACCAUCAAGCGCAAGCUGGAUACAGGUCAAUACCAGGAGCCUUGGCAGUAUGUUGAAGAUGUGUGGCUCAUGUUCAACAAUGCGUGGUUGUACAACCGUAAAACAUCCCGUGUCUACAAGUACUGCACCAAACUGGCAGAAGUGUUUGAAGCCGAGAUUGAUCCCGUCAUGCAGGGCCUGGGCUACUGCUGCGGCAGGAAGUAUGAGUUUUCACCCCAGACGCUGUGUUGCUAUGGCAAACAGUUGUGUACCAUUUCCAGGGACGGCACCUACUACAGCUACCAAAACAGGUAUCACUUCUGUGAGAAGUGCUUCAACGAGAUCCAGGGCAACAGUGUGACCCUGGGGGACGACCCGGCACAGCCACAGACCAUGAUAUCAAAAGAGCAGUUUGAAAAGAAGAAAAAUGACAUGCUGGACCCUGAACCGUUUGUUGAAUGUAAAGACUGUGGACGAAAGAUGCAUCAGAUCUGUGUGCUGCACUACGAUGUCAUUUGGCCAUCAGGCUUUAUCUGCGACAACUGUCUGAAGAAGUCUGGCAAAACAAGAAAGGAGAACAAGUUUUCAGCCAGAAGGUUGCAGUCGACCAGGUUGGGGACGUACAUCGAAGACAGAGUGAAUAAGUACUUGAAAAGGCAGAACCACCCAGAGGCUGGUGAGGUGUUUGUGCGAGUGGUGGCCAGCUCUGACAAAAAUGUGGAGAUUAAGCCUGGCAUGAAGUCUAGGUUUGUGGACUCAGGCGAGAUGGUGGAGACCUUCCCUUACAGAACCAAAGCACUUUUUGCAUUUGAGGAAAUAGAUGGGGUUGACGUUUGUUUCUUCGGCAUGCAUGUCCAGGAGUACGGCUCAGAGUGUCCCUUUCCAAAUACCAGACGGGUUUACAUAUCAUACCUCGACAGCAUUCACUUCUUCAGACCCCGUGUGCUAAGGACUGCAGUGUACCAUGAGAUCUUAAUAGGCUACCUGGAGUAUGUGAAGAAACUGGGGUAUGUGAUGGGUCACAUCUGGGCCUGCCCACCCAGCGAAGGAGAUGACUACAUUUUUCACUGCCACCCUCCUGACCAGAAGAUCCCCAAGCCCAAGAGGCUCCAAGAGUGGUACAGAAAGAUGCUGGACAAGGCUUUUGCUGAGAGGAUCCUACACGAUUACAAGGACAUUUUCAAACAGGCAACAGAAGACCGGCUAACCAGUGCCAAUGAGCUGCCGUACUUUGAGGGUGACUUUUGGCCUAAUGUACUGGAGGAGAGCAUCAAGGAGCUAGAGCAGGAGGAGGAAGAGCGGAAGAAGGAGGAGAACACGGCCUCCACUGAGACGACAGAGGGAGCCCAAGCUGACAGCAAGAAUGCCAAAAAAAAGAAUAACAAGAAAACCAACAAAAACAAGAGCAGCGUCAGCCGAGCCAAUAAGAAAAAGCCUGGGAUGCCGAAUGUAGCCAAUGACCUGUCCCAGAAGCUCUAUGCCACGAUGGAGAAACAUAAGGAGGUGUUUUUUGUUAUCCACCUCCAUGCUGGGCCAGUCAUUAACACCCUGCCACCCAUUAUGGACCCCGACCCUCUGUUGACCUGUGACCUGAUGGAUGGCCGUGAUGCCUUUCUGACUUUGGCCAGGGACAAGCACUGGGAGUUCAGCUCACUGAGAAGAUGCAAAUGGAGCACAAUGUGUAUGUUGGUAGAGCUGCACAACCAAGGCCAGGACCGCUUUGUGUACACCUGCAAUGAGUGCAAGCACCACGUGGAGACUCGCUGGCACUGCACCGUCUGCGAGGACUACGACCUAUGCAUUAACUGCUACAACGCUAAGGGCCACGAGCACCAGAUGGUGAAGUGGGGCCUAGGUCUGGAUGAUGACAGCAACGGUCAGGGUGGAGAGGCCUCCAAGAGCCCUCAAGAGAGCCGUCGUCUCAGCAUCCAGCGCUGCAUCCAGUCCCUGGUCCAUGCCUGCCAGUGCCGCAAUGCCAACUGCUCUCUUCCUUCAUGCCAAAAGAUGAAGAGGGUCGUUCAACACACCAAAGGCUGCAAGCGCAAGACAAAUGGUGGUUGCCCUGUGUGCAAGCAGCUCAUCGCUCUAUGUUGUUAUCACGCCAAGCACUGUCAGGAGAACAAGUGUCCUGUUCCCUUCUGUCUCAACAUCAAGCACAAACUCCGUCAGCAGCAGCUGCAGCACAGGCUCCAGCAAGCUCAAAUGAUGCGCCGCAGAAUGGCAACCAUGGCUGGAAGGGGUAUGCCCAUGCCAUCUCCACCUACCUCAGCUGCCCCUGACACCCCCAACUCUGUGCAGCAGCCUAAUACACCCCAGACCCCCCAGCCCAUGCCCAACCAGCCCCAACAACAGCAGCCACCAAACCCUGCCAAUAUUGCCCAGGGCUUCCCCAACAAUGGCCGCAGCAGCCAGCCCCCAACACCAGGGCCGCAGGGCAAACCAGGGCCUCAGUCAUCCCCUCUUCAUCAGCAGCAGUCACCUCUGCCUAACAUGCCCCACCAACAGCAGCCUCAGCCACCACAGCAACAACAGCAGCAGCAGCAGCAGCAGCAGCCACUGCUGGCAGCCCUGAAGGUGGCCAGGCAGAUUGAGAUGGUAGCCAAGGCAAAGCAGCAGCAACAACAACAACAACAGCAGCAGCAGCAGCAGCAGCAGCAGCAGCAGCCGCAGCAGCAGCAGAACUAUGCCAUGAAUGGGAUGCCCAUAAACCACCCACGAAUGAUGGGGCCCAUGCCGGGGCAGAUGCAAAUGAUGCAGGGGCCACGGGGGCCCCAGGUAAUGCAGGCUAUGCAGCAGGGCCAGUGGGGUCCAGGGAUGCAGAAUCCCAUGCAGAAUCCCCAGAGUCAUCAGCCACAGGUCCCUCCUCAACAGGGCCCUAUGGCUCCUCAGCAGGCUCAGGGGAGCCCUAUGCUCCAGCAGGGCCAGCUCAUGCAGAGGCCCAUGAUGCCCCAGCAACAUGGCCUCCAAAUGCCUGGGGUCAUGCCUCCCCAGGGGCCUUCACAGCAGGUAAUGACACCACAGCAGCAAAACAUGCCACGGGGGAUACCUGGAAACAUUGCUCCGAGUGCCCUGCAGGAAUUACUGCGCACCCUCAAAUCUCCCAGCUCCCCACAGCAGCAACAGCAGGUCCUCAACAUCCUCAAGUCCAACCCCCACCUCAUGGCUGCUUUCAUUAAACAGAGGACAGCCAAGUAUCAGGCCACCCAGCCGCAGCAACAGCAGCAGGUGCAGCAGCAGAACGCUCAGGCCAUGCUUGGGUCCCAGGCAGGAAUGCAGGCCAUGGCAGCCAUGGCAAACCAGGUGCAGAGGCCAGUGAUGGCACCUCAGCAGCAGCCUCCUCAGCAGGCAGGGCCCCAGAGUAUGGCAACCAUGGGCCCCCAAGGCCAGAUGAUGAAUGCUGCUCAAAACGGCAAUCCCCAACUGUACCGCAGACAGCAGCUGCUCAGGAUGCAGCAGAUGCAACAGCAGGCGCAGCAGCAGCAGCAGGGAGGCAUGCCUCAGGGCCACGGUCAGUUCCCCCAGCAGCAGCCAGGGCCAGCAAGCUACUCCCAGCUCCGUAUGCAGCAGCAAUUGGCUAUGCAAGGAGGUGGAGGGCCCAUGGGACAGCUCCCUCCCACAUCUCAAAUGGGUCAACCUGGUAUGGGCAUGGAUGGGCCCCAGAACCUCCUCCAGCAGCGCAUGCUUCAGCAGCAGCAGCAACAGCAGCAGCAGAUGUUAAAGCAGCAGAUGGGCUCUCCAGCACAGGCUAACUCAAUGAGUCCACAACCUCACAUGCUCCAAGGCCAAGCCCAGGGAGGAGCUCACUUACCUGGCCAGACGAUGGCCAACACCCUGGGAAACCAAGUACGCUCCCCAGCCCCAGUGCAAUCGCCCCGUCCACCUUCGCAGCAGCCCCCGCAUUCCAGUCCCUCCCCAAGAAUACAGCCUCAGCCUUCACCUCAACACGGCGCCCUCCACUCCAGCUCUCCCCACCCCAGCCUUGGAGGCCCAAUGUCAGGCUCCAUGGAGCAGGGACACAUGGGAACAUCGGAGCAGAGUGCCAUGCUCCCGCAACUUAACACGCCAAACAGAGGGGGGUUGGGCAAUGACAUGGGUAUGGUGGGUGACACGACGGGAGACACGCUGGAGAAAUUUGUUGAAGGAUUGUAGCAUUUUGGGACAGAGAAAGGCCUUGUUCUGUUUUCAGCUGAGAAUUUUUUGUACUUGCUAAUGUAAAAAGCUAAAAGAAAUACAAACAAAUUAGUCAUAUGAGGCCUACAGACUGUGAACUUUCCUUAAACCAAGGGACUGCUUUUUCUUCCAACACAGAGAGUGAUUUAAUAAUUGCUAUUGAAAAGAAGACAACAAAGACACAAAGAAUAUAUUUUUGGUUCAGACCAGCCAUGCAAGAAUGUGCCCGGUCUUUGUGGUGUUUUCAUUUGUUUUUCAUUUGUUAUGCUCUGGUAUUGACUUUUUUAACGAAACUUCUCGAAACAAAAAAUAUUUCAUUUUAUUAUUAAUUUUUUAUUUUGUACCUUUGCAAAUUAAUAUCGUGUUUGUGUUGAGAAGACUGUAAAAUAAUUUUCUGGGAAUUUUUGCCAGGUUUCUCCUCUUGCUAAGUUUCUCUGUUCCUGGCUAAUUUAUUCUAAUAUGCCAUUUUUCAAAAGGACUGCCUUUGGGAAAGCCUUAGUUUCUUUCCUGUUUGCAGAUAAAUGUAUUUGUAUAGAUCUAGGAACUAUUGCACACACCCAAACACAAAAAGCAGGUGUAAAAGAAACCUGCAUUGAGGCUUGUUAACGUUCACAGGUGCCGGAAUGUUCUUUUUACUGGCCUGGGCCCAGUAUUUGUCUUGCAAAUGUUUAAAAAAAUGCUUCGACUCCCUCAGUCAAAAGGAAUUCUCAUUAAGUUCUGAACCUCUUUUGCCUGUGGUGGGAAAUUAAUUUGUUUGACUGCUGAUUUGUGUUUAGAGAGUUUUGUGCAUCAUUUUCUCUCUUGCAUUAAACUUGACUUGAUGAUGAACUGUUCUCUAAUGUAAAUCAUGCAGCUCGACAGUACUGUAAAUAUGCAGAAAAUAAGAAUGAAAUCACUGUACAAAUUGGUUAAAAUGGCUCAUUUCGUACUUAUAUACCAUAUUGUUAAAUAAACCUGUGUGCCACAGAC